GCGGCUUUCCUUGGACUUCCGUCCAUACCUGGCAGUUCUGGGGCUCCGUCCUCAGCUGGGACGUGGCUGGCUCUGUCCCCGGGAGCGUGAGGCCCCUGUGCCACCAUCGGGGGCCAGCGGGGGUGUGUGGACGCCCCCUUCGUGUGCUCCUGGUGCGAGGUUGGCUUUUCUCCGAUUGUAAAGUCACAUGUGCUCAUUGGAAACUUCUAGCAAAUGCCUCCUUCUCUCAGCUUUCGGCCCAACGGGAGGGUCAGAGGGGUUUUGCGGAUGACCUCGUGCCGUGCCACCUGCUCAGCUGGGGAAACGGAGGCGCGAGAGGGCUGGAGAGGGCUGGGAGCACAGGCCGCACCUGGCUCCUGCGGACGGUGUAGGGGUGAGGCCCCGGGCGGCGUGGGGGUGAGGCCUGCCAGGCUCCAGGGGCCCGUCCCAGAUGCCCCUCUGCUGCGGGGACCUGUUGUGUGAAGGGAGUUGGGGCCGGGAGCCGGGGCGCGAUGGACAAAAGCAUCGCGACACCCGAAGUGUCCCUCCGUUGAGGCCGCUGGCGCCUCCCGAGUGGGCAGGGCUUCCUUAAUGUCUCUGGCGGCAGCGGGCGGCCCAAUGGCCCAGGAGUGGUCCCCGGCUCAGCCCUGCCCUGCGGGCUCCCGGGAUGGCGUGCGGUGGGAGCGUCUGCAGAGGUUUGCUCCUCCACACGCAGGGCCUGGCGGGGUCAGCGGGGGAGGUCAGGCACGUCCCCCCUCCCCGCCUGGCCCGUUUCUCCUCUGGACCGACGGUUCCGCCCGCCGAGGCUUGCUGACAGGCGACAUGAUCCCUGCCCCCAGCUUCCCGACCUGGCACGGACAGGACGGGGUGAGGGCCGGGUCCCCCUCAGCGCCCUGUCCGUGCUGCCCUGGCUCGGCCUCCCCCCGCCUGGGGCCCAGCCGCGUGUUGCUGGCCGAGAGGCUCUGGCCGGGCCGAGCUGCUGGAACGGGGGGCCGCCAGCGGGCUCCCUCCUGGAGAGUCGACAGCACUUGGAAGCCAAGAUGGGCCAGGACGCGGAGGUCACCCGGGCCAGCUUCCUGCCCAGCGGGCACCUGCUCCCCAGCUCCCCUGACAGAUGGCUGCACAGCGCUCCUCGCCCGCCCUGUGAUUGGUGGCUUAGUGAUCCGGGGACAACGGAGAGUCCUGGACCUGUUCCCUGUCCUCCGAAGGGUCCGGCAGCCACUCCCACGCCCUUCUCCUCCUCCUCCUCCUUCUCUUCCUCCGCCUCCUCCUCCUCGCUCCACGCGGCUCCGUGGAGGCAGCCACGGCACAGAUGUCGGGCAGGUCUGCAGGAACCGAGCCUCGGUGCCCUCAUGCCUCAUCGGGUUUCCCUGUCCUGCCUCCAGGUCCUCUUACAGGUUCCAACCCAUGGCUGCUGGUGACCGGAGCCCAGCAGGGGCCUCCUCUGCUGGACGGUGGUCCGUGUCCACACCCAGAGACAGGGCAGGAGGCGGGGGAGGAGAGGGAGGCGGGCUGCGCCGGCCCUCGCUCGCCCAUCCACCCUUGUCUGCCCGUCUGUACCAGCUCCUGCACCUGCAGCCUUUAGGGGGCCAGUCCAGGGCCGGGCCUCGUCCCUGCUGGAAGGGGGGCAGCCUCUGGUUAUCUGCUGGGCGGCUGAGGGGGCAAUGUGCGCCAGGGGGCAGGUGUACCGCUCUGUGUGCCCACCUGUCCACACCGCAGCCCCGUGGGCCCUGUGCCCGUCGCUGCCUGGUGCAACAGAGGGCCCAGCGUGGACUCCGUCCCUGUGCCAGGCGUGCAGGGGGCCAGCGCGGGGGCUCAGAGGUGAGGACGCUUUCUGUGUCAUCUCCGGGCACGAGAGCUGACGAGCAGCGAUGCGGACCGAGGCCUUGGGGGCACGCGUGGCUGUGGCCUUCCUGCCCCUGCAGGUGGGCCCUGGGACGGGCCUCCCAGCCCCGAGUGUGGGCGCCUUGGCGUCAUGGCCCGAUUGCUGCUUCUUCGCAGACGUGGAUGGGGCUGCUGUCGCCGACCCCGCCGUGGGCGCGCCCGGGAGCCGUGGGGACGAGAUCUCUUUGACUCGAGAUCUGUGGUCCGUCUGGGCGAUGGUUUCUGUCAUCGAAACAUCCAGUCGUUUCCGCCCGGAGCUGUCGAGGUGGGAGGCAGCGGCCUUCUCUGAGCUCCUGAGCCUCUUCCUGCCGACACCUGUCCCUAUCCACCCGCCACUGCCACCGCCACCGCCACUGUCCACCCCCGGGCAGUUCCGGAGGGACCCGUGGGGCCUCCCAGGGCCCGGAGAACAGAGCGCACCUGCCCCGCCAGCGCAGCGUCGAGUCUGAUCCAUCAGGGGAGGAGCUGCCACGGUUCCCCCGAGGGUCUGCGGCCUUGGCUGGGCCCGACCCCGGAGCCGCCUGCAGACUGAAAAUAAAUAAACUUGGCCCCGGUACCAAGUGGAAGAGCAGGUGGAACACCACCCUCGGCCGUCUGCGAGCACCUCCUCAGUCCCAGGCCCGAGGGGCGAGGAGCCCAUCAGGGGAAGAGGUGCUCGCAGCUGUGAGCCUGCGCGGCUCUGGUUCUGCCCGUGCCCCCCGAGCGUGUACCCCAAGUGUGUACCUCGAGCGUGUACCCCGAGCGUGUACCCCGAGCGUGUACCCCGAGCGUGUACCCCGAGUGUGUACCCCGAGUGUGGAGCAUGCCCUUUGCUUUCAGUCUCUGGUAUUUAUAAUGUUUAAUUUUGCGGGGACAUGGCUGUAAGUGAGACGGAUGGACCCGAAUGCGGCUGCAAACGCCUCCUAAUUAAACAGAUAAAUAAA